AUGGGUUUGGCAUGCUCCAACUCUGAUCUGUCAAGCGGCCGGUUACGAGCGCAAGGGGCGCUUUUGGUUUCUAUUCAUGUCCACCAAGGGCUCACUACUGGGGGGGCAGUGGCCGCACACCUACAACUUCAGUCCUGCGCCCGGCAAAAGUUUCACCGUCUGGUGAAAUCGUUCAACAAUAGGAGAUGCAUCGAGACGCAAGAGCCAAGUGAACAGUCAGUCCCGAGGACUUCGUGCUAG